UGACACCCGGCGGAUGUAAACAAAGAAGCAUGAGCAGAGUUAGCUUCACUGCUGUGUGGACUGAGCUGUAAAACGGCUGUAUUAUAGUAUGAAUGAGAAAUAUCAGAGCAAUAAAGUCACGAUGUGUUCAGUUGAGUAUCUGAGAGAGUUGAUCAGCGACAGACUAGCUGCUGCUGCUGGAGAAAUAUUCUCAGAGUUUGAAAAAACCAUCGUCCAGUACCAGGAGGAGAUCGAUCGUCAGCGCAGACUGCUGGAUGUCAUCUGGAAACCACACAUCCCCUUAGAGCCCAUAGAGCUCCCACAGUCUUAUGUCUGUGAGAAUGAGAAGACUGUUGUUGACCAUCAGCCCCAUGACCAGGAGAGAAACUCCGUGGUGGACCAUGAGGACCCAGAGCCUCUACGGAUUAAAGAUCAGCAGGAGGAACUCUGCACCAGUCAGGACCAAUCAAACCCAGAGAUUUCUCAAAUUAAAAUGGAACAGGAAGAAUUGUGCACCAGUCUGGACCAAUUAGACCCAGGGUUACCACAAAUUAAAGUGGAACAGGAUGAACUCUGCUCCAGUCAGGAGGAAGAGUUAAUUGGAUUGAAACAGGAGACUGAUACCUUUGAGGUGACUCCUGCUGAUGAGGAAAGUGACCACAGUGAACCAAAACCAAACAGUGAUCAGCUCCUGUUUCACAUCUCUUGUGUAGCUGAGAGCCCAGAUCAGGAAGGAAGCAAGAAUGUAGACUCAGGAUCAACUAGAUGUAUCGAACUGAAACCAAGACAUCAGAGUAACAACAGUCACAGUAAUGAUGUAGACAAUGCUCCAACAUCAGCGAGACAGUGUGAUAAUGACAAGGCAAUAAAAUCUGUAACUUGCAAAGUCUGUGGAAAAGCUUUUAGUCGUAAAUCAGAUUUAAUCAAACAUCACAGAACCCACACAGGUGAGAAGCCAUAUUCUUGUGAAACCUGUGGGAAAAGCUUCAGUCAACAGACCCAUUUGACUGCCCACAUGAGAUGUCACACAGGUGAGAAGCCAUAUUCUUGUGGAACCUGUGGACAAAGCUUCAGUCAACGGACCUCUUUGACUGACCACAUGAGACUUCACACAGGUGAGAAGCCAUAUUCUUGUGGAACCUGUGAAAAAAGCUUUAGUCGACGGACCUCUUUGACUGAACACAUGAUACAUCACACAGGUGAGAAGCCAUAUGCUUGUGGAACCUGUGAAAAAAGCUUUAGUCGACGGACCUCUUUGACUGAACACAUGAGAUGUCACACUGGUGAGAAGCCGUAUGUUUGUGGAACCUGUGAAAAAAGCUUUAGUCGACGGACCCAUUUGACUGAACACAUGAGACGUCACACAGGUGAGAAGCCAUAUGUUUGUCACAUUUGUGGAAAAAGAUUUUCUGGUUCAUCAGCACAUAAUAGGCACAUGGCAGUUCACAAAAUGGUAAAGCCAUAUUCUUGUGGAACCUGUGGAAAAAGCUUCAGUCAACGGCGCUCUUUGACUGACCACAUGAGACGUCACACAGGUGAGAAACCAUAUGUUUGUAACAUUUGUGGAAUAAGAUUUUCUGGUUCAACAGCACAUAAUAGGCACAUGGCAGUUCACAAAAUGGGAAAGCCAUAUUCUUGUGGAACCUGUGGUAAAAGCUUUAGUCAUCAGACCUAUUUGACUGUCCACAUGAGAUGUCACACAGGUGAGAAGCCAUAUUCUUGUGGAACCUGUGGAAAAAGUUUCAACUGUAGUUAUCGAUUAAAAGCCCACAUGAGAAUCCACACAGCUGAGAAGUCUUCUGCUGUAAAACGGCUGUAUUGCAGUAUGAAUGAGAAAUAUCAGAGCGAUAAAGUAACGAUGUGUUCAGUUGAGUAUCUGAGAGAGUUGAUCAGCGACAGACUAGCUGCUGCUGCUGGAGAAAUAUUCUCAGAGUUUGAAAAAACCAUAGUCCAGUACCAGGAGGAGAUCGAUCGUCAGCGCAGACUGCUGGAUGUCAUCUGGAAACCACACAUCCCCUUACAGCCCAUAGAGCUCCCACAGUCUUGUGUCUGUGAGAAUGAGAAGACUGUUGUUGACCAUCAGCCCCAUGACCAGGAGAAAAACUUCAUGGUGGACCAUGAGGACCCAGAGCCUCUACGGAUUAAAGAUCAGCAGGAGGAACUCUGCACCAGUCAGGACCAAUCAAACCCAGAGAUUUCUCAAAUUAAAAUGGAGCAGGAAGAAUUGUGCACCAGUCUGGACCAAUUAGACCCAGGGUUACCACAAAUUAAAGUGGAACAGGAUGAACUCUGCUCCAGUCAGGAGGAAGAGUUAAUUGGAUUGAAACAGGAGACUGAUACCUUUGAGGUGACUCCUGCUGAUGUGGAAAGUGACCACAGUGAACCAAAACCAAACAGUGAUCAGCUCCUGUUUCACAUCUCUUGUGUAGCUGAGAGCCCAGAUCAGGAAGGACGCAAGGAUGUAGACUCAGGAUCAACUAGAUGUAUCGAGCUGAAACCAAGACAUCAGAGUAACAACAGUCACAGUAAUGAUGUAGACAAUGCUCCAACAUCAGCGAGACAGUGUGAUAAUGACAAGGCAACAAAAUCUGCAACUUGUAAAGUCUGUGGAAAAGCUUUUUGUUGUAAAUCAGAUUUAAUCAAACAUCACAGAACCCACACAGGUGAGAAGCCAUAUUCUUGUGAAACCUGUGGAAAAAGCUUCAGUCAACGGGUCCAUUUGACUGUUCACAUGAGAUGUCACACAGGUGAGAAGCCAUAUUCUUGUGGAACCUGUGGACAAAGCUUCAGUCAACGGACCUCUUUGACUGCCCACAUGAGACUUCACACAGGUGAGAAGCCAUAUGCUUGUGGAACCUGUGAAAAAAGCUUUAGUCGACGGACCUCUUUGACUGACCACAUGAUACAUCACACAGGUGAGAAGCCAUAUUCUUGUGGAACCUGUGAAAAAAGCUUUAGUCGACGGACCCAUUUGACUGAACACAUGAGAUGUCACACAGGUGAGAAGCCAUAUUCUUGUGGAACCUGUGGAAAAAGCUUUAGUCGACGGACCCAUUUGACUGAACACAUGAGACGUCACACAGGUGAGAAGCCAUAUUCUUGUGAAACCUGUGGAAAAAGCUUUAGUCGACGGACCUCUUUGACGGACCACAUGAGAUGUCACACAGGUGAGAAACCAUAUGUUUGUCACAUUUGUGGAAAAAGAUUUUCUGGUUCAUCAACACAUAAUAGGCACAUGGCAGUUCACAAAAUGGGAAAACCAUAUUCUUGUGGAACCUGUGGUAAAAGCUUUAGUCAUCAGACCCAUUUGACUGUCCACAUGAGAUGUCACACAGGUGAGAAACCAUAUUCUGGUGGAACCUGUGGAAAAAGCUUCAACUGUAGUUAUCGAUUAAAAGCCCCCAUGAGAAUCCACACAGCUGAGAAGUCGUGAUCCUGAAACAUCUGUGGAAAACAUAAUGUCAGAACUAAGGUUGAAACAACAUGUAAGAAUUGGUACAGGUUAAAAGUAGAUGUUUUAGAUUUAAAGCACCUUUAGUCUGUGCUUCAACAACAAUUGUGAGGAAGUAUGUAAGCAAUCCUUGAUGAUUAGACCAGAUGGAGUCUGGACUGUGGUGGAGCAGCAGGCAGAAGAACCAAACUGAAUGUCUGGAAGGUUAUGGUAUUGGUACAGACUGCUACAUUUCUGCUAUCAUGACAUCCUUCAUCAGCAGAGCAGUGAUUGGAGAUAAUGUGAAGCUGUUUGGAACAUUUUCACAUCCUGCUGAGAGAACAUGGCUGUUCAGGUGUGAACAUACUGCUGGAAUCCACUCAGCUUGAGCUCUGCUGUCUUUCAAGUAAAAGGAGGCAACAAGAUACAGAGACAUUAUUACAGUAGGACACAACAGAGUGUGUCACUGGAGCAGAGGAGAUCUGGACGUGAAAUAAAGUUGCAAUAAAACAUGUGCAGCUCCAUGACUGCUUCAUGAAAUGUUUUGAAUGUUUUCAAACAGAUGAACAUUUACAAGUUGUUUCAUAAUUAAUGUAACAUUGAAGAUCCCCAGCAAGAAUAUCUCUGAGUCAGAUAUCAAAGACAUAACCAACAUUAUUAUGUUUUCAAGCAACAGACACGUGGUUUUACUAGUAGUAGCUGAUACACUCCUGCAAAUGUCAAAACCAGAAAUGUUAAAAACAGGUGAAGCUGUGCUGCAGUUUCUGCUGGUUACAUAAAGGUCUUAUGUUAUUUAUUUCUUCUAUUGUCACCACAUAAGUCAUCUGUGUGAUUUGUUAGUAGGAUCUCAUUGUGUCGUCAUACAGCACAUUGAACCCUUGUAUUGUCUUAAUGUCCUGAACACUCCUCCUGUCCUCGGGGUCAGAAAUGACCUGCCUCCACUGAGCCUCUAAAAUAGAGCAGCUUAAUGGAAUUUUUAACCAAAAAUCUAUUUUACAUGAAGAAACAACCUGUCAUGCAUCACACACUUUGUGAAUGCCUGUUUUUGCUUCCUCAGAGGGUAGAAAGACUGUAUUUAAUCAGUGAACACCAUUCGUUUUUAUACCAUUGUUCAUGCUGUAACUGUUUUCUUUCUUUAAGUAGAGGUUUAUUAUCACUAUUAUUGCUGCUACAGGUACUGCAUAGGUGUAAACAUUUCUUGUUUUGCAAGAGAUAAUACUUCUAUAGCCUAAGAAAGUACCAGAAAUGUGCAGAAGUGAACUUGAAAUGCAUUUUUGAAGGGAAACAACAGUGUACUGUAUACUGUACAAUGGAAUAUAAAACUACAAAACUCAACUACCA